AUUGUUUGAUAUUUUGAAUGUUUCAGACGAUGCACGCGCAUUCUCAAUAUUGCUGGUCUGGAGAUCAUACUCUAGAAUCAACAGAAUGGGCAGUAUCGACGUUGUCUGAGGAAGAUUGUGACGAGGCUAUAUUAGUAGUACUUUCAGAUGCUAAUUUACAAAGGUACGGAAUCCCGCCCGCCAAAUUAGCCCAAGCUAUGUCUGCGAAGCCCAAUGUAAGCUCUUAUGCGGUAUUCAUCGGGAGUUUGGGAGAUCAAGCUGAAAGGUUAACACAAAGAUUGCCUGCUGGACGUGCUUUUAUAUGUAAUGAUACCAGUGAAUUACCUCAAAUCUUGAAGCAAAUAUUCUCAUCUUCUGUUGUUGGUAUAUGAAUGUAUUUUUCCAAGAAUCUAGAAUAAUUUU